AUGGAUCUACUUCGAUUAAGUUCUAAUCAUGUUGAAUUUAUGUACAAUAAGUAUGAAAAUAUGCAAUCAACUAUCACUCUAUACAAUGAUACUCUUACUCCUAUUGCAUACAAAGUAUAAUCUAUUUUAUAAUUUUAGUUCAAAGCAUCAAAUAGAAAUAUCUUUUUAGUCAGACCAUCACUUGGAAUUGUUUAACCUAAACAAAACUAAAUAAUUAAUAUUAGUCUUCAUUGUAAAGUACUUCAAAAUAUAUCAAUUAAUGAAUUUAAUGAAAAAUUGCAAUUGAUUUCUAUUCCUAUUUUUUCAGGAAUCUAAGACCCAACACCAAUUUUUUAAGAUACAUGCAGAUCCUUUGAUAAUUAGAAGAUUAACAUAAUCAUCUAAAGUAUUGAUAGAAAGAUUACUUCAUAAAUUGGUUUAAGUGAUAAUCACAUAUUUCAAUCACUUCAUAAAUAAAAUAGUGAAUUAGAGUUAUAACAUAAUAAUGCAGAAUAACAAUAAUAUUAAACUAGAUUUCAAACAAAUUUAUGCUAAACAAAUUCAUAAUUACUUUAAUAAGAAAUUGCUUAAAAAGAAUAACAAUUGGUAAUUUUUAAUUAUAACUUAAGUUAAACUUUUAAAAGACUCAUAAUAUUUCAAAUGAUAAAUAAUAAAACUAACAAAUUAAAAAUUCUAAGGAUACAAUACUUGUUAUUAUGGUUAGUAUGCUGUCGUUUUACAUAUUUUUACGAUAUUUUGAUUUAAUAAAUAGAAUUAUUCCAAAAUGA